AUGGAGGACCAGUAUGUGGUGGAGACAGAUGAGCAGCUGGCAGCCGAAUUUCACCAGGCCCUUGGAGAGGAGUGGCAGAUGCCCGUCGGCCAAAUGAUGCCGUGGAUGAUGCCUCCUGCGUGGAGUGGGUCGAGCUACAGCCGAGGUGUGCCUCAGCAGAAGCAACGCUACUGCGCCACCUACCCGAACAUCGCACGAUGCCGUCAUGGUGUGAGCUGCUCUUUCGCACACUCCCGGGCAGAGGUCACGGCACCCCUGCUGACACCAGAGGAGGAGGCGGCAGCGCCCGAGGCGCUGACGGUCGAAUUCUUCACCGAGAAGUUCAAGACGAUGUGGUGCCCCAUCGGAGCACAGCAUGACUGGCAAGCUUGCAUGUAUGCACACACGUACCAAGACGUGCGGCGGCCACCUUCGAUUGGCUACGGCCACCAGCUCUGCCCCUACUGGAACAAGAAGGAGACGAGCCUGGCAUAUUCGCAGCGCUGUCCACUGGGUCCACGCUGCCCCUUUGCGCACGGGGCAAAGGAGCAGCUGUACCACCCCAACUACUUCCGCACCCUGGUCUGUAGAGACCUGCAGCGGCGCAGGUGCCCUCGUGCUCACCUGUGCGCCUUCUUUCAUCGUGAGGGAGAUCGGCGCAAGAUCAAGAAUGAUCCUGUGGACUACUCGCAGCCGCUUUCGCGCGAGGCGGUGCCCGUGCAGUGGCUUCAGAGCUUCCUCUCGCCGCCGCGCUUUCAGGAGGUCCCCGCCGGCGGCCAGUGGUAUAGCCCAGAGGAGUUGAGCUCCUUUGAGGUUCCCCUGAACCCCGACCCUCCGGCCUCAGCCGCUGGGAGCUCUGGGCUUUCCUUCUAUGGCAAGGGCCCACAGCUCGCAAGGUUCAGCCCCCCGGAGCGGCCCAUAAGGCCGCCACGGGAGCGUCCAGAAAGGCCCGAGCGGAUGGUGGACGACUUGGCAGAACAAGUGCAAGCAGGCCGGAACGUUUAUGUGAUGCCUAAGAGGCCCCCCAGGGCGAACGAGUGCUACGCCUUGGACAAAGAUCUCGCAGCAGCUGCGACCACCGGUGAGGCCUUCGACAUUGCACAGCAGAGUGCUGACGUGAUGGAUGCCCCCAACUGGGCCAACUUGUUCUAUGCGCUUGCCCACUUCAAGAAGAAAGGGGUCCGAACGGUUACUUUCGCAACGCUCCGCACCGACCCACGGUGGUCCAAAAGCUGUCAAAAGCUGAGGCCAUGCUUGGCGGACCUUACUGCCCGCGAUGCUGCAAAUGUCAUUUGGUCGCUGGCGACCCUAGACGCCAAGCAAGAAGCACUUUUCCUGGAAACUGCGGAUGCCUUGUGCAACAGCGGGAAGCUGGCAGUUUGCGACCCGGUAAGUAUCGCCAAAACUGCGUGGGCUUUGACCAGCAUCCCGAACAGAGACAGACGGCUAGACCUCUUUGCGAAGCUGGCCGUGCCUGUCGUUCUGCGUGCGGAUACCUUUCCGCUAGGCUCUCUGACAAUGAUCUGCUAUGCUUUCGCAAAGGCAGAUUUCCGUGAGGGGGAUGCUUACGAGGCCUUAUCUGCAGCCUUGACUUGCCACAUGGAUGAACAGCUUCGUCCAAUCGAUGUGUGCAAUGUGGUCUGGUCCUUCUGCACAGUCGGCUAUCGGGACGACGAGCUUUUCUCAAAGAUUUGCGAGAUGUACCUUGUCAAGGAAGCAGUUGUGUGCGAGUUCAAUCCGCAGGAUCUGACUAACACCACUUGGGGUUUCUGCAAGGUGGGCUUCGUGCAUGGGCCCGCAAUGGACGUGCUCGCACGAGUCAGCUACGACCAGCGCAACAGCUUUGAGCCGAUCCAUUUCGCGAAUCUCCUUUACUCCUUCGCCAUGCUCCGCAUGCAUGGUCCGGAGGGGGUCCUGCAAGCCAUUGCCGACACGGCGUCCGAGCGCAUCCAGAAGUUCGACGGUGGCAACUUGGCCAUCGCAUCCUGGGCACUGGCCACGCUGGGCAUGGGCAACCACCCGCUGCUAGAUCUGGCCCUGGACCGGGCGGCCCGGCCCGAGCUGUGCGCGACGCUGGGCAGCCGCGCCCUGUCGAUGAUGACCCUUGCGUGCUUCCGCACGCAGCGCCCGGAGAAGCUGGACAGGCUCUUGGAUGCGACCCGAACGGCAGGGCUGGGUAUCGGUGCCUCGGGGUACUCCGCAGCUGUGAUGGCCGCGGAACAGAGCUCCGACUACACCCGGGAGAUCCGAAUUUUGGAGGCCAUGGCCGCAGAGGCCGAGGACAGCCGCAUGCGCACUGCCGUCGCCAACUCCUUGGCGCUUAGGCUUUGGAAGCGCGGUCUCUGCCAGGAAGCCUUUGCCGUCCUUCGCAGCCUCCACAACAGCCAGCCGCGUCGCUGGUCGGUGGUCUCCUCGGCUUUGGUGGCGCGGCUGGGGGCGGAGUGCGGUGCCCUCGAGGAAGCCGCCGAGAUCCUAUCGAGCACUGGCGGUUUCGACAGCCAGGAGUGGGAGGCCCCGGUCACCAGUGGCAUCCAUCCGAUGGCAGCCACUCGUCAGAACGAGGGUAGCCACGCCUACACGCGGGAGUUCAUGACCCUCCAUGCCGUCCUCUGUGGUGCACCUCCUGGUGAUCCGGAUGCUUCCAUGGCAGCCAUCGAGCGCUUCGCGGAGUCCAGGUCGCUCUGGCUGAAGAUCACGGCAUGGGAGAAGGGCAUCGUGGUGCAUGAGGUGGCCCGGCUCUGGAAGCCCCGGCUUAGUGUGGAGAUCGGGGCGUAUGUGGGCUACUCUGCCAUGAACAUCGCCCGCACGGUGCGCCACCACGGGGGUAAGGUCGCCAGCCUGGAGGUGGACCCGCUUCAUGUGACGCUGGUCAGGAACAUGAUCGAGUACGCUGGCCUCUCUGAGACCGUGGACGUCUGGACCGGCUACUCUUAUGACAGCAUCCCACAUCUUCUGGAGAAGUACGGGCCCCGGUCCGUCGACUUGGUCUUCAUGGACCAGAAGGGCACCCGAUUCCACAGUGACCUCGCGCUCAUGGAGGAGCUAAACUUGCUCUCCGACAGGGCCAUUAUCCUAGCAGACAACGUCCUGAAACCUGGUGCGCCGCUCUACAUCUGGCACCUGGCCAAGGGCAGCUACCACCAUUGCACGGCCGUCUCGGUUCGCGAGUUCUUGCUCCAAAGCGAGGACUGGAUGGUCAUGGCUUUCCGUGACGCUUCGAGAGGCCCAGCGCCGACUCCGCCUCCCAGCCUCCACCGGUUGGCCUUCGAGUCGGACAAUUUCCGGAAGCGCUCCAUGUUUGACGGCGUGGCCCCCAGCAAGUCGGACUGGUGGAAGUUCUCACAAGGCUUUGUCAAUGGACUGGCGCAGUGUGGUUGCAAGCCCGAGAUUGUCGGCCUGCACGGGCGGGAGAACCCCAAGAUUACAGCAGCCGACGUGGCGAGGAUCUUCGAAACUGCGGGCGUUCUAGGCGAGCCAAGCAGCUCAGGGACCUGA